GAAUUUAGAUUUACCUGCUUGAUUUCUAUCGGUUACGCUUCAUGUUGACAAGUCCCUCAAAAUGGCGGCCAAACUUAAAGAUUGCCGAAAAUUAGUACUAAGAAGCUACAAGUCUAUUUGCUGACAGCGGACUUCAGUGCAUUCUAUCGCAGCAACAGAAAAACAGGAACUAAAGAUGAAACCAGAAACCGAAUGGAUCAUCACAGUCCUCUACGCCAUCACGAUGCUCGUAGCGUUUGCAGGGAAUAGUUUCCUCAUCUACAUCGUGUGGAAGAAGCCUGAAGUCAGAUCACUGACAAGCUUUAUGUUCGUCAACAUGGCCAUCGCUGAUUUGCUUGUAACCUUGGUAGUGAUGCCCUGGUCGAUUUCCGUAAUAUAUACAGAUGGUUUGUGGAUGAUCCCGGGAGUAUUUGGAAAGGUCAUGUGCAAAGGUGUUGUAUACAUUGCCUAUGUCACUUUAACAGCAUCCAUCCUCUGCCUGACUUUCAUGGCGAUCGACAGGUACUAUGCCAUCGUUCAUCCCCUCCGCCGCCAUCUUUGGUUUCGAAAGCCUAAACUAACCGUUCCAUUUAUUUGGAUCGGAUCACUGGUCUCCAUGUCCAUUUUCCUUGUUAUUCAAACCGUGGAGGACUACAAUAAUUCUUCCUAUUGCAUGCUAUCUGUUUACAUCUUGGGUGAUCCAGAUAGGGCUCUUCGAGGAAUAUACCUCCUCCUUUUCGUCGUCAACUAUCUCAUCCCCUUGAUCGUUAUUUCUUUCCUGUAUACCAUCACUGCAUGGAAUUUAUGGUUCCAUGUUGCACCUGGAGUGAAUACUUUUAGAGGAAAUCGAGCGCAACUAGAAACCUCCAAGAAAAGAGUGGUUCGGAUGCUCAUUAUUGUUACCUGUGCCUUUGCCCUUUGUUGGCUCCCACCACAAGUGGUUCACAUGAUGCAUAUCAUUCACGCAUCUAAGGCCCGAUCACAUAUACAGGCGAUUGUCAGCUUUGUGUGUUUUUGGUUUGGACACGCCAACAGUGCCGUUAACCCAUGGCUGUACAUUUUUCUGAGCACCAAGAUAAAUACGGCAUUUACCAGGAUCGUCAGUAGAAAAAGCAGCCGGUUGCCUUCAAGUCUCGCCAUCAAAACAUCAGAUGCCGUCUUACCACCUGAAGAUGAAGGAAACCAGAAUGAAUCAAGAAUAUAAUUACCAAUUUGGUAACUGUAAGAUAGAAACUCGCUUAAAACGGAUUUGCGUAUCACUAAUUAUAUAAUAUAAUACAAACACCUAUAUGCGGUUUCAUAAAAGUUACUGUCAGUAGUAAACCGAGUAAUUUCAUUAGAAAUUGAUAAUUGCAACUAAUUUCGACAAUAACCGUUCUAUCGGCUGGUAAGAAUAAAAGGGGGGAUCCGUUGCAGAGUGAACUAUAGGAAGAAGUAUACUAGCAUUGCUUCUUCAAUGUUUGAGGCAGUGUGGUGAGGGUGCUGAACUAGUGAUCUAGUGGUCACGGGUGAAAGCCCUCUACCUUAUUACUCGCUAGAUUUGUUUCGUUUUUCCCUCGGGUCGAUUCUUUGACUCGCUUUGUAUACAGCCAACUGGUGUGCCCCCUACUGGUUGGGAUUUUUAAACACUACAUGAUUGUUUACAACGUCUGUUUUCCAAUUUGAUUGAAAUGGUCAUGAAACCCCCAUAGGGGUAUUGGUCAAAAAGGAAACACUGACAUGUUUCUUCAGUGCUGCGGGUAGCAUUAAUUAAGUGUAUUUGCAUAACGUUUUCGCGAUAAUAAUUUAACAAACUAUUUCAGUUUAUAAUUAGCUGUUUUGGAAGGAGAUUUGGGAAUAUUACUUUUCCGAGGAUGGCAGCAACAAUAUAACCAGUAAAUGUGUCCGCAAACCUUCGCUGAUGUACCUCUGGAACAAAGGUAUAUUUGGUUUUUCUAGUAUGAGCUUGUUGUUGUUUCUUGCUGAAGUAGUCAUCAAGGCUUUUAGCUCUACUUAAGUGUGAUUUUGGAGAUAAAAAUAUAGGUUUUAUUUCUCAUUUAGUCGUGCAUUUUAGAGCCUCAAACACACUAGCCAAAGGUACCGGUUUAGUUAAUUUCUUUGCGGUACACAGAACGUCAUUGCCUUCUUAGUUGUCGCCGGAUUGCUAUGUUCUGAAAGCUGCUCUUGUAGACUAAAUUGUUGAGUAGUGAUAAGUAAAUACAGGGAGAUUUUGGA